GGUCCCCCUCUCGUGGCGAAGCUCCUUUGCCCUGAGCGGAGGGAGGGUAGGGGAGCGUUGGUGUUGCGCAGGCGCGAGCAGAAGCUAUGGCGACCUUAGCGGUUUCGGAACCUUCGGCUCUCCAGGCUCCCGCGCAACCCGAGCAGAAGCCUGCCUUGAAACCAUGCUGCGCCUGCCCGGAGACGAAGCAGGCGCGGGACGCCUGCAUUAUUGAAAAAGGAGAAGAAAAUUGUGGUCAUCUUAUUGAGGCUCACAAGGCAUGCAUGAGAGCAUUGGGUUUUAAGAUAUGAUUCAGAGGAGCCAUAUUUUCAAAUGUUGGGUAAUUUGCUGCUGGAUGGUUAUUUUGGGAAUUUUCCUUUCCUGCUUUAAUACACUUUGUAUUGGAAGAUAUGAAACAUGUUUUAUAUAAAAAGAUGAAUGAAUUGAGAAAUAUUUAUAAUAGAUUCUAAUAUGGAAGAAGAAUGUUGCAUUACUGUCUUCAGUGGCUGGAUCCAGGCUGCGUGUGAAUAUAAGAGAUUCUCCUUCACAUAUUUUUUCAAGUUUUCAUUUGAGACAACAAACUGGCUCCUAUGGAAUGUUGAGUAGCAGUAGUCAUACUUUUCCUGUAUGGAUGAGAAUGAGUGUUAUAAAUAUAGUAAAUUAAACAAAGUUGUCUGAAUCCA